UUCUGCCAUGUGCAUGGUAGAAAAGUGACAACGAGCAUCUUUUAAAACAUUAUUGAGAAAAAUAAACCCGCUGCGUGUCCCCUGUUCACCGCGACAGAGAGAGGACGAGGAGGCUGCGGCAGGACCAGUCAGGCCCGUCCUCACCAGUGAAACACCAGUAAUCGGUUCAAAAAGUACGAGCUAAUCUGGGUCCUUCGCUAGCUACCGGUUGGCUUUCACCAUGGCUUUGUACGUGAAAGCCGCAGAGAUCCUGGAGAAAGCAGAGAGGAAGCAAGGCGCAUUGAAAACUCUGGUUUACGACAGUAAGUUUGCGAACAUCAAGCAGCUCUUUGCUCUGGUUUGUGAGACCCAGAAGUUUUCCUCCGUCCUGCGGGAGCUCAUCGAGUCCACCAAGCUGCUCAAACACACCAAGCUGAAGAUGCACCUGGCCAUGGUGCUGGUGUACGACCUGGUGAUGGGCCAGGGGCUGAAGUGCGGGGGCUCCUGGAAGUCCACAAUGCUGAAACAUCGCUCCAGGCUGCAGGCGGAGCUGGCCCGCAUAAAGAUAAAGCAGAAGGUCAGCAGGAAUGAAGACCUGCUGCCGGCCGUAGUCCAGCGGUCCGCCGUGGACCACCUGCCCAGGUAUGUGCGUGUGAACACCCUGAAGACCACCGUGGAGGAUGCUGUGGAUUACCUUAAGAGGGACGGCUUCUCCUACCAGGGACAGGCCUCCAGGCUGGAGGACUUAACCCUAAAGGAGAAAGACUUUGUGAGGGACCUGCACUUGCCGGAGGUGCUGGUCUUUUCUCCUAAAACUGACUUCCAUGACCACUUCCUGUACAAGGCUGGCCACGUCAUUCUGCAAGACAAAGCCAGCUGCCUCCCUGCCUAUCUCCUCAACCCCCCUCCUGGCAGCCAUGUCAUUGAUGCCUGCGCUGCCCCUGGCAACAAAACCAGCCACCUGGCAGCUAUAAUGAAGAACAAGGGCAAGCUGUUUGCCUUUGAUUUGGAUGCCAAGCGUUUGGCCACCAUGUCUACUCUCCUGCUCCGAGCUGGAGUGACCUGUCAGCAGCUGGCCCACCAGGACUUCCUGAAAGUGGACCCUGAUAGCCUACAGUAUAAAGAUGUUGAGUAUAUCCUGCUGGAUCCCUCAUGCAGUGGAUCAGGUAUGGUGUGCCUCCGGGACAACAGCUCUGCUGACCAAGAGAAGGAUCAGGCUCGUCUGACCUCUUUGGCCUCCUUUCAGCUGCGAUGCCUGAACCACGGCCUCAGGUUUCCCUGCCUGAAGCGUCUGGUCUACUCCACCUGCUCCAUCCAUAGCCAGGAGAAUGAGGAAGUCGUAAAGGCCUGCCUGCAGCAGAACCCUGGCUUCAGGCUGGUUCCUCUGCUGGCCAAGUGGCCUGAACGAGGCCUAGAACCACUCACUCAGUGUCUGCGUGCCAGCACCUCCAAGACCCGCUCACACGGCUUCUUCGUGGCUUUGCUGGAGAAACACAGUGGGGCUGGGAAUAUGAAUCAGAGACCACCUCUCCAGAUAAGUGACCCUGAGGCGACAUCACACAGUUCACUCACCUGUGAGAAGAGACCUGAAGCUUCAGAGACAGAGAACAAACAGACACCUGCUGCAGACUCCACACAGACUGACAGCACACCAGGGAAGAAGAAGAGGAGGAAGAGGAAGAGGAAGAAGGCAGCAACAGCGGAGGGAUAGUAAAAAAAAAAUUAAAAUGGUUCUGCAUAUUGUCUGGAGGGAUUGUCUGUGAAAGCCUCCAUUUGAUUUCAAGUAGAGAUGUGUGGGGAAUGUAA